AUGUCUUCAUCUUCGGGUUAUAAUUUUAAUUAUGCACAAAUAAUGACAUUUGUUUAUACAUCAGUAUUAAUAAUUAUUUGUAUCUGUGGUGUUUUCGGUAAUGCGAUUGUACUUGGUGUUGGCGUGUUAAAACAAAACUAUAAAAAAAAUGUUACUAAUUGUUAUAUUAUGAAUUUAGCUAUUACUGAUCUUUUUUUUCUAUUAAUCUCUGUGCCAUUUACUACUUAUCUCGGUGCUAUACAAGUUUGGAGUUUUGGUCAGUUUGUAUGUAAAAUGCAUAUUUAUAUCGCUCACGUGCUUUUACAAGCUACUUGUUAUACUUUAGCUGCUAUGAGUAUUGAUCGAUAUUUAAAUAUAGUUCAUGAAAUGUGGUAUCGAAAAUAUCGAAAAUCGAAAUAUGCUCAAAUUAUUUGUCUAUUCAUUUGGAUUGUUUCUCUUGUAUUUAUGUUUCCCUACGAAUAUUUUCUGCAUGUCAAUAACGAAAAGAAUAAUCAAUCAUCACAUGCUUCUAAUUGUAUAGUACAAGAUGGUGAUUCAUUAUUUUCAUCUUGUAUAUUUACACUUGGUUUCUAUUAUGUUUUACCACUAUUAAUUAUUGGUAUAUGUUAUUUACGUGUUCUUAUGUAUGUACGACGUAGUGGUUAUCGAAUGGUUAAACGUUUAUCCGGUGUACCACGUCAAUCAAUAGAAUUAAAAAGUCGUCGAGUACAACGUAUGUUAUUAGCUUUAACAUUGGCAUUCGCUCUUUGUUGGUUACCAAUUCAUGUAUUAGAAUUUCUUAGCUGUUCACAAUUAUUAUCACCACUAUUUCAUCUACAACAUUACUAUACUCUAGAAAUGAUUCGAGCAGUUGCUCAUGCAUUAUCAUAUUUUAAUUCAUGUUUAAAUCCUUUUCUCUAUGCGUCACUUAACAAAAGUUUUUUCUAUUCUUAA